GAGCCCUGGAAGAACCUGCCCAGCCUGGGCCUCAGGAAGCAGCAUUGGAGGUGCCUCAGCCAUGGCAUGGAUCCCUCUCUUCCUCGGCGUCCUUGCUUACUGCGCAGGUUCCGUGGCCUCCUAUGAGCUGACUCAGCCACCCUCAGUGUCAGUGUCCCCAGGACAGACAGCCAGCAUCACCUGCUCUGGAGAUAAAUUGGGGGAUAAAUAUGCUUACUGGUAUCAGCAGAAGUCAGGCCAGUCCCCUGUGCUGGUCAUCUAUCAAGAUAGCAAGCGGCCCUCAGGGAUCCCUGAGCGAUUCUCUGGCUCCAACUCUGGGAACACAGCCACUCUGACCAUCAGCGGGACCCAGGCUAUGGAUGAGGCUGACUACUACUGUCAGGCGUGGGACAGUAGCCGAGACCAUUGGGUGUUUGGUGAGGGGACCAAGCUGACCGUCCUAGGUCAGCCCAAGGCUGCCCCCUCGGUCACUCUGUUCCCACCCUCCUCUGAGGAGCUCCAAGCCAACAAGGCCACACUGGUGUGCCUGAUCAGUGACUUCUACCCGGGAGCUGUGACAGUGGCCUGGAAGGCAGAUGGCAGCCCCGUCAAGGCGGGAGUGGAGACCACCACACCCUCCAAACAGAGCAACAACAAGUACGCGGCCAGCAGCUACCUGAGCCUGACACCUGAGCAGUGGAAGUCCCACAGAAGCUACAGUUGCCAGGUCACGCAUGAAGGGAGCACCAUGGAGAAGACAGUGGCCCCUGCAGAAUGCUCUUAGGCCCCCGACCCUCACCCCACCCACAGGGGCCUGGAGCUGCAGGAUCCCAGGGGAGGGGGUCUCUCUCCCCAACCCAAGUCAUCCAGCCCUUCUUCCUAUACUCAAUAAACCCUCAAUAAAUAUCCUCAGUCAACCAAAAA